AUGAGAAAAUUACUUUGGCCGAUCCAGAUAAUUCUAUUGCAGCGUUUCGGUCCACAAUAUUCCAUGAAAAUUGACAAGUCACAGCUGCACACUUCUUUUUUUUCCCUCUCUUCCGAGUACUUGCCAUAGGAUUGUUUCGGAUUUUAGCAUGCACACCUAACCCUUUUCAAUCACUUAGUACUGACCAGUACUUUUCUAUCUCCAACAUUUUUGCUAUAAAUACAGAACGCUAAGGGCGAUACAUUCAGGCAAACAAUUCUCUGUGUCUUUCUACUUAGUAAUCAUUAGAUUUUAGUCAUGGCUAUUAUUUCCAAGGCUUUGAUUGCUUCACUUCUCAUCUCUCUUCUCAUCAUUCAACUGGUUGAAGCUGAUCAUCAACUGGUGACAAAUGCUAGAAAGAAAUCGUCGCCCCCGAAGAAAAUUGACUGUGGUGGAGCUUGUGCAGCAAGGUGCCGAUUAUCAUCAAGGCCACACUUAUGCAAGAGGGCAUGCGGGACAUGUUGCGCACGUUGCAACUGUGUUCCUCCAGGAACUGCCGGCAACCAAGAAAUGUGCCCCUGCUAUGCCAGUCUCACCACCCACGGUGGUAAACGCAAGUGCCCUUGAAUGCGUGCAUGGUGUGAGAAUAAAUAAAAGAACGGGCGUAUCUAUAUGUAAAGCUAAAGUCAUUCUGUUAAUGACUUGAUCCCCUUUCUUUCUUUGUUUGGGUGUGCUAUUAACAUUGUAUUGAGCUUGAAUAUAUCAUAUGUGUGUGUAAUAUGAAAUAAUAAAUAUGCUUGUAUA